AUGCAAAGGCCAUGUGCAAAACCAGACGAACUACACCGUAAACAAGAAAAUUAUGGACAAGAUGAACUAGAAGUCUUUUUAUAUGAGAGCUUUGUGUCAAUUCGCAGCAGUUCAUCAAUAAUGGAGAAAUUAUGUUGUCUCUUUGUCAGCUUAUUGAGCAUCAACCUUUACUGUAGUCACCUAUUUAUGCUUAAAUUAGAGCUUUCAAUGGAGAUUUUUUAG